UGGAACUAACUUCUUUAAAUAUUUAAAUCUUUUUAAGUCGUCCGAGAAGAAUAUGGAGGAAGGGGCGGGAAAUUUGACUUCCGAGCUGGAGAAUAUCAUUAAGUCAUGGAACUUAAAGGAUCCAGUGAUGAUAAUGGAAAUUUUGUCGGAAAACGAAAUAGAAAUAGAAGAGCUGCUUCAUAUAGAUGAUCUGGAUGCGCACGAGAUCACAAAAAAUGUUCCUAUUAAAUUGCGCAUACAAUUUAAAAGGGAAUUGAAAUUAUGGAGAAAGAAUUUUAAUGACUAUCCCGGAAUCCAUGGUACUAUUGCAGAAAAGAGUAUCCUGAUUCCUUUGGAUGACAUAUUAAUACAAACUGCGAAAGGACGACUUCUUUUUGAGGCCCACAAAAACAACCGAACCAAUCUCACGGGACCUGAACAAACGAAAAUUGUUCAUCUCAUCGCAGAGGAAUUUUGUCAACGUAUGAUUAAAUUCCAUGAGGCGGAGUUCUACGCUGAUGAAAUAGUGAGAUUAUUUCCUGGCGAAGAAAGGGCGUUGUACUUUCAUGUGGAAAACGGCAAACCGAGUGGAAAAAUAUACCAUAGAGUCAAGAAUCAGAGGCCAAAGGGCUGUGAUUCCAAAACUAAAGAUUUGAAGCCGUCAUCAGAAAUUCAACCAGAUUCAGUUUUGUUGGAACCAGAGGUGAACAUUGAAGAUGCCGAAUUGACUGAGGAAAAGAAGAAGUGGCUAAAGGUCCACCGCUUGCCUUGGUGUGAUGUAAUAGAUGCUUGGAAAUUGAGCUAUUCAAGGCGUCAACAGGACAUCAUAGCUAUGGACACUCCAGAACUACUACAAAAUUGACCACUAUUCAAGCAUUCUCAUGCGAAUCAUCUGAUUGCACUGGAUUUUCGAAUGAUGCACCCCAACAAAGGCUCUGAUUUUCACACAAAAUGGGAAUCCGUUUUUCCACGAUUGCUUGCGAUUUAUGAUGAAGAGGUAAAGGAUGCACAAUGCAGGAAGUUGCUGCUGCAAUUGAAGGAAGAAGAGCUGUCUGAAGAUAUGAAAAACUGCCUUUUCAUACUGCUUCUCCAUGGACUGCUUAAACCGGACCAGUAUAAAGACAAUGGGAAGUUAUUCAAACCUACAAUAAAAGAUAGUCAGGACAGCAUGGCAAUCGUCAUCGACAGUCUUUCAAAAAUGAAGGACUGUAUUGACAAAGCCCGCUCUAAUGCUGCAAAAUCUAAAAGAACCCUACAACCAUUUCUGAUAAUACCAAAAAAUGGUCAAAAAAUCACGGUAUAUCAUGAUGGAAUUGCACUAACUGCAGAAAAUGUUCUGGAAGGCGUUGAACUGCUAUUCCAAGUAUACCAUGUGCUAAAUUUGAAAUAUCCGGAGCAGUGCAUAAAGGUAUGGAGCUUUAUACAAACAUAUUUUUUCGAUAUGGAUGAUAACAGUUCAAUUCAUAGCAAAGCCCUUUGCAAAAGAUUGAUGCUGUAAAGAACAAAAUGAAAAUCUGAGAAUCAAGUUACUGAUAAAGUAUUGGUAAAGUCGGAAAUAGAAGUUUAGCUCCGCUCCUAAAAGUUUCCAAAUAAAUUGAAUUAGUAUGAGAAAUAA